AUGGACUCCAGUGAUGCUGGUCGAUCCCACCGCCUCAAAUCCCUCCUUUCAGAAUUCGGGCUUCCACCCGAAGCCGAGGUGCCCCAACUGCAGGCAAGGUACCGCUUCCUCGCGAAGCAGAGGCACCCGGACAUGGUCUCAUUUCACUGCCGCAGGCAUGCGACCGCGGACUUCGUAAAGUUGCACAGUCGAUAUCGGGAGACGCUGUCUCUGUUACAGUCCGGGACACUGCCGAGUGGCGGUGGGUACGGUGAUCACAUCAUUAGAAGCCACAAUGGCCUGUUCUACCAUGAUCCAUACAAAUGGGCUCCUUCGAAAAGAGGCGGACGACGGUGGCAGCGUGAAGGUCAUUACGAGCCACCAGCGAGUUGGAUGACCAAAAUACGGGGACUCGCAGUAGUCGGUUGCUUGAUGGCGCUUGUGCUCUUCGUCUUUGACAGAACUGCGCGGAAAAGGAGCCUGACUUCAUGGAACUAG